AGUUUGUUAAAAACAAAAAUCUUUCUUAUUAGUUGUAAGGUGAAUUUACAAGUUGAUGUUUGUAAAUAGAGUAAACCGAGAUUAACAACUAAUUAAGCAUCUAACUUACAGUUACGCAUUAAUAUUUCCCUCAAGAAUCAAGAUACAAAAAGUUCAAAAAAAAAAAAAAAAUCAAGAUACAGAUGAAACUCUUGAUUUAACCUGUUUUAACCGGUGUAUUAACGUAUCAAUGUACGUACAAUUUAAAACUCUUAGUAAAGUAGAAUAAUAGUAAUGUAAAUUAUUAUUUCAAGGAUAUUAUUUUGGCGUGACAGGCUUUAUAUAUAAUAUAGAAAUAAAGAUAACAACGACGCAAGUCACGAUCACACUUACUCAUAAACAGCCAAAAGCUUGCAACUAAUAAAUUUCACACCUGUGCUUGUCUUUGCGUUCUACUCAGAGACGUGCAACUUCACCACAUCCACAUAGUUAUAGAUAGAGAGAUGGCGACGGAGACUGUACUGGCGACGGCCGUGAGCAAUGGUGGAGUAAAAGGUUGUUGCAAGUCCGGUCCGGGUUACCCGACCCCCCUCGCCGCCAUGUCCGGUCCACGGGAAAAGCUCAUCUACGUCACCGCCCUCUACUCCGGAACGGGACGAGAGAAACCGGACUACUUGGCGACGGUAGAUGUUGAUCCAAACUCACCAACAUUUUCAAGUGUCAUUCACAGAUUGAAAAUGCCAUACAUAGGCGAUGAGCUUCAUCACACUGGCUGGAACUCUUGCAGCUCUUGCCAUGGAGAUGCUUCUGCUGAUAGACGCUUUCUUGUAUUACCAGGCUUAAUAUCUGGUCGGAUUUACGCUAUCGAUACAAAGACAGAACCAAAGGCUCCAUCUUUGUAUAAAGUUGUUGAGCCAAAUGAGAUAUCUGAAAAGACAGGAUUAGCGUUUCCACACACAUCUCACUGCCUCGCCUCAGGCGAUAUGUUGGUAUCUUGCCUUGGUGACAAAGAAGGAAACGCUAAAGGGAACGGGUUUCUACUUCUUGAUUCUGAUUUCAAUGUCAAAAGCAGGUGGGACAAACCAGGAAAUGCUCCUUUGUUUGGGUAUGAUUUUUGGUACCAACCUCGUUUCAAGACAAUGAUCAGUACUUCUUGGGGAGCACCUAAAGCUUUCUCCAAGGGUUUCAAUCUCCAGCACGUUGCUGAUGGAUUGUAUGGAAGUCAUUUACAUGUUUAUGAUUGGCCUAAAGGUGAAAUGAAACAGAUUAUUGAUCUUGGAAAUGAUGGUCUCUUGCCUCUUGAGAUUAGGUUCUUGCAUGAUCCGUCUAAAGAUACAGGGUAUGUUGGGAGUGCCUUGUCGAGUAAUAUGAUAAGAUUUUUCAAGAACAUUAUAUCGGUUAAGCCUCUGAAAGUAGAGAACUGGAUUCUUCCGGAAAUGCCGGGGCUUAUCACUGACUUUUUGAUCUCCCUCGAUGAUCGGUUUUUCUACUUUGUGAAUUGGCUUCAUGGAGACAUUCGUCAGUACAACAUCGAGGACCCUAGAAACCCUGUCUUAACAGGACAAAUUUGGGUUGGAGGAUUACUACAAAAGGGCAGUCCUGUUAAGGCUGUUGCAGAAGAUGGCAGCACUUACCAGUUUGAUGUUCCUCAGAUCAAGGGGAAAUCUCUACGAGCAGGACCUCAGAUGAUCCAGUUGAGCCUCGAUGGAAAACGAUUGUAUGCGACAAACUCGCUGUUUAGCGCAUGGGACCGUCAGUUUUAUCCUGAACUAAUGGAUAAAGGAUCACACAUUAUUCAGAUUGAUGUUGAUACAGAGAAAGGUGGUCUCACCAUAAACCCUGAUUUCUUUGUGGACUUUGGUGAUGAACCUGAUGGUCCUGCGCUUGCCCAUGAGAUGAGAUAUCCAGGCGGAGACUGUACUUCCGAUAUCUGGAUUUGAGUUUGGCCCUUUAAAAGGAGUGAGCUAGAUUUGACUCAUUGUUGUAACUUGUGUUUUGAAGAGAGUAAUGAGAGUAAUGAAUAAGAGUUGUGCUACUCUGCUGUGGCUAAAUCCAUGAUAAUAAUAGAGGUUUCUACUUAUAUAUUGUGUCAUUGUCAUUUGAGUCUUGAGCAUUGGACCAUGGCCUGUUCAAUAUGUGUGAAUGUUCAAGAAAACCAAGAAAAAGAAUGAAAAGGAAAUAAAUUGGUCUAAUAAAUUUUAUAUUUUAAAAAAGAAAUGAAAAACACUAAUCCAUAAAUUUAAAAUCUAA